CCGCGGCCAUCCGCAUGCUUGCAUAUGGAAUUCCAGGCGAUCUGGUGGAUGAGUAUGUGCGUAUGAGUGAGACAACAUGUCUGAUGUCAAUGUACAAGUUUUGCCAGGCUGUGAUCGAGGUGUUUGGCCCAGAGUACUUGAGGCAGCCAACUGCCGCUGAUACAGAGAGAUUGUUGGCGACCAACGCAGUUAGAGGCUUUCCAGGCAUGCUUGGCAGCAUAGAUUGUAUGCACUGGGAGUGGAAGAAUUGUCCAUUUGCUUGGCAGGGCCAGUACAAGGGGCAUGUCAACGGGUGCACUGUCAUAUUAGAAGCGGUGGCAUCGCAGGAUGUUUGGAUAUGGCAUUCUUUCUUCGGCAUGGCAGGUUCUCACAAUGAUAUCAACGUGCUGCAGCGUUCUCCAGUCUUCGCGAGGCUUGCAAAAGGCCACUCCCCACCUAUCAACUUUGAGAUCAACGGCCACCAGUACAACAAGGGAUACUAUCUAGCAGAUGGUAUAUAUCCUCAGUGGUCAACUUUUGUGAAGACAAUCUCGAAACCCCAAGGUGAGAAGAGAAAGAGAUUUGCCCAAAUGCAAGAGAGUGUUAGAAAGGAUGUGGAACGUGCUUUUGGCGUGCUUCAAUCCCGGUGGGGUAUCGUUCGAAACCCUGCACUGUCAUGGGAUGAAAGGAAGCUUUGGGAGGUGAUGACUGCUUGUGUGAUCAUGCACAACAUGAUCGUCGAGGACGAGCGUGAUGAGAGUAUCUUCGACCUAGGAUUUGAUUAUCAAGGUGAAAAUAUUGAGCCCCUGCACCAAGACCCGGCCACAUUUGAACAGUUUGUCCAAUUCCACCGUGAGAUGCGUGAUUGGCACACUCAUUUGAAUCUUCAAAAUGACUUGGUUGAGCACGUGUGGGAUCACAUUGGCAACCAAUACAUGUAUUGGUCCAUUUUAUGUUCAGUCAAGACAAUUUCGAUUUGGUUGUAA